CUUGCUUUGUCGUAGUAGAAACUGCUAGAAACUUAUCAAAGUGUGAAUAAGACUCUCAAACGAAUGUAGAACUAAAAAGAUAAAGGGGGUUCAUUGCUUCUUAUGCAUUUUACAGCUAAGUUUUAAUCAAAUUACCAUUAUUCCAGCUCGGUUUCCCUCUUGUUUUACUUUUGUUUAACUAAAAAACCCGUUCCGCUUUAACAUGUUGUCCCGAGGAUGGAGUGCACCGCCACCACGGAAGACCUUUCUCUCAACUGUUCACACGCCGAUGCGACACUAAAGUCUUAUUUAUUGCUAUAUAUGUUUUCUAAGCCGCAAACUAGUUAAACCAGCUUGCCGUGAAGGUGUUUCGGAUUUAAUAAGCGGAUGUUAACGAACAAAAAGACUGUGGACAGUCGCUAAGUAACGCCGUUGGAGCUGAGUUCAAGGUCCAGCUCAGAGCAAAGGAAAAUACGCACGCCUGUCAACAUUACAUCAAAUCGGUUGUCAACAUGUCAGAGUCAGCUGACAGUCGCACCCAGACGUUAAAUUUCAACAUCGGGGUGCUCGGACAUGUCGACAGCGGGAAGACAUCGCUUGCCAGGGCGCUGAGCAGCACCGCCUCCACCGCUGCCUUCGACAAGAACCCGCAGUCCCGUGAGAGAGGCAUCACGCUGGACCUCGGCUUCUCCUCCUUCACGGUGGAUCUGCCCGAUCACCUGCGGGACAGCGGAGGCCAGAAGCAGUAUGACAGCCUGCAGUUCACCCUGGUGGACUGUCCAGGACACGCCUCUCUUAUUCGGACUAUCAUUGGGGGUGCUCAGAUCAUUGACCUGAUGAUGCUGGUGGUGGAUGUGGUGAAAGGCGUGCAGACACAGACUGCAGAGUGUCUACUGAUAGGAGAGCUGACCUGCCCUUGCAUGGUGGUCGUCCUGAACAAAAUUGACCUUCUGCCACCCAACAAAAGACAGAGUGCCAUUGAGAAAAUGACCAAGAGACUGCACAAGACACUGGAGAGCACCAGAUUCAAGGAAUGUCCAGUGAUUGCUGUGGCAGCGAAGCCUGGGGGCCCAGAGGCUCCUGACACAGAGGAGCCACAUGGAGUGCCAGAGUUAAUAGAGCUUUUGAAGAAGCAGACAUACCUCCCUCAGAGAGACCCCGGAGGUGACCUUCUGAUGGCUGUGGACCAUUGCUUCUCCAUCCGUGGUCAGGGAACAGUCAUGACUGGAACCAUCCUGCAGGGGUCGUUGGCCAUCAACGACACUGUGGAAAUCCCAGCGCUGAAGGUGACCAAGAAGAUAAAGUCAGUGCAGAUGUUUCGGAAGCCAGUGUCUGGGGCCAUGCAGGGGGAUCGUGUGGGUGUGUGUGUGACACAGUUUGACCCUAAACUGUUAGAGCGGGGUGUGGUGUGCACCCCAGGGUCCCUGCACACCCUCUAUGCCGCUGUCAUCUCUGUGAGGAAGAUAGGCUACUUCAAGGGCUCUCUGGCUACCCGUGCCAAGUUCCACAUCACUGUGGGUCACGAGACAGUCAUGGCAAGAGUUACAUUCUUUGGCCUGCCACCUGUGGGUGCCUCAGAGUCCCCCUCAGACACUAAACCACCUCCAUCACAGCCCUGUUCACUAGAAUCACCUUUCACCUUCGACAGGGAGUAUUUCUACCAGGAUGAAUAUGUCACCGGUCAGGAAGAAGGGAGUUCAGGACCUGACCCGGAGCAAUGGGCUUUGUUGGAGUUUGAGCGGCCAGUCACAUGUCCUUCACUCUGCCUGGUGAUUGGUUCCAAGCUGGACACAGACAUCCAUGCCAAUGCGUGCCGGCUGGCCUUCCAAGGUUGUCUUCUGCAGGGGUUUGAAGAUAAAGGCUAUGCUGAGACUGGGCUGCCUCGUCUGCGCAUUUACAAGACAAAACACAAGGAGGGACAGGUGGAAAGGGUGACUGACGAUUAUACUGUGAUUGGCCGAAACCUGUUCAAGAAGGAGACAAACCUCCAGCUCUUUCUGGGGUUGAAGGUUACGUUGUCGACGGGUGAGACUGGUGUUAUCGAGGGUGGGUUCGGACAGAGCGGGAAGUUCAAGAUUCGGGUACAAGAGGGCCUUUGCGCAGAAACCAAGCAGUUGUUAUCCUCCACCUCUAAGAAGAAAGGGAAGGGUGGAAGCAAAGGUGGACCAGCAAAUGAAGAGGAGCCCAAAACAGAUCCUCAGCCUGUUAGCAUUCACUUGCAUUUCAAACGAUAUGUCUUUGAUCCCCAUAAAAAGAUGGUUCAAUCUUGACCUUUGUUGCACUUCAGCCUGACGCUGUUAUGGUGCUGUAGACGGGCAGAGGCAGAGGUCUUGUAAAGGUGAGGGGAACACUGGCCUCUGUAUCAAGGGUAUGAUAACUUUCUUCUGUCAGCCUCUUUUUCUGGGGAUGGAGACAGUCUGCUGAAAUGCAAUGAUUGUGGAAUGCUGAACACAUGUGAAACAAUGAUUGUUUUAUCUCCCUUUAUGGAGAUGGACUUAAUCCAGUUUGUAUCAUCACAAGGUUGGAAGAAGCUUCUCUUCUGUUCCUGAUACAUUUGAGUUGUCUUAAAAAAAAUCUGUUCUUCAGAGUAUGAAUCAGUUCUUUUUAUUUGCAGAAAACGAUCUUUCAGUAUGUUUCCAAUUCAGCCGAGCCUUAAAUUGGCAUAAACAAAUUAAUCAGCAUUAUAGAAAUACUGACCUCACAGAUUACACAGGUUUGCUGCUUAGAUCUGUCUGCUGGAAUAAAGGGUGUUUUAUGUUUCAGUUUUGUCCAUAUUUCCUUCAUAUUUUCUGUUUACUUUCAUUUACUUUAAUGGCAGCUUGAGCUCCAUUUUACUCAGAAUAGCAGUUACAUCAGAGAUUGCUUGAAUUGAAUUGAAUACUCUUUUCAGAAAGAAAAAUAAAGCAAACCUGUCCUGAAACGUC